AGAAUGAGAGCCAAGCGAAAGGGGAAACCCUUUAUAAAACUAUCAGCUCUUGUGAGACUUACAGCCUCGAGAACAAUGUCGGGGAAACCAACUCCAUGAUUUGAUUAUCUCCUACUGGAUCCCUCCGACAACACAUGAGAAUUAUGGCAGCUACAAUUCAGAUGAGAUUUGGGUGGGGACGCAGCCAAAUCACAUCAAGCAUUAUGCUUUAAAAUGCUUCCAUUUUAAAUCAUACCAUUCCAUUUUAAAUCAUACCAUUCUGCCACCUUUUGAUGGGAACAAAUGUCAGGACCUGGAGCAUGGCAUUUGACCUCCAAAUCCAGUUUUAGAGCCACGGAACAGAAACCUACCCUCUAAAAGUUCUUAAACUGGAAAAGUGCUCCCCCAAAAUGUUUAUCUAAGAGACUGGUUUCCAGCUUACUAGGCAAUUUGGCAUUGAGGACUUUUCUCAUAAACAUUUACAAAUAUUCUGCUCCGUAAUGAAGUUAAUCAGUAAACCACACAACCUCUGUCCUCUCUCACUCCUUACCUAGUCUCAUUUUCAGUUGCUGUGAAUAAGCUAAGAAUGGUAAUGCAGUUUCAGGAGUUAGAAAAUCCAAUUCAAAUUAGUCCUCACUGCAGCUGUACACCGUCAGGAUUUUUCACGGAAAUGAUGAGUAUGAAGCCCGCAAAAGGUGUUUUAACAGAACAAGUGGCAGGUCCUCUGGGACAGAACCUGGAAGUGGAACCAUACUCUCAAUACAGCAAUGUUCAGUUUCCCCAAGUUCAACCACAGAUUUCCUCAUCAUCCUAUUAUUCCAACCUGGGUUUCUACCCCCAGCAGCCUGAAGAGUGGUACUCUCCUGGAAUAUAUGAACUCAGGCGAAUGCCAGCUGAGUCUCUCUACCAGGGAGAGACUGAGGUAGCAGAGAUGCCUGUAACAAAGAAGCCCCGCAUGGGCGCGUCAGCAGGGAGGAUCAAAGGGGAUGAGCUGUGUGUUGUUUGUGGAGACAGAGCGUCUGGAUACCACUAUAAUGCACUGACCUGUGAGGGGUGCAAAGGUUUCUUCAGGAGAAGCAUUACCAAAAAUGCCGUGUACAAGUGUAAAAACGGGGGCAACUGUGUGAUGGAUAUGUACAUGAGAAGAAAGUGUCAAGAGUGUCGACUAAGGAAAUGCAAAGAGAUGGGAAUGUUGGCUGAAUGUAUGUAUACAGGCUUGUUAACCGAAAUUCAGUGUAAAUCUAAGCGACUGAGAAAAAAUGUGAAGCAGCAUGCAGAUCAGACCAUGAAUGAAGACAGUCAAGGUCGUGACUUGCGACAAGUGACCUCGACAACCAAGUCAUGCAGGGAGAAAACUGAACUCACCCCAGAUCAACAGAAUCUUCUACAUUAUAUUAUGGAUUCAUAUAGCAAACAGAAGAUGCCUCAGGAAAUAACAAAUAAAAUUUUAAAAGAAGAAUUCAGUGCAGAAGAAAAUUUUCUCAUUUUAACGGAAAUGGCAACCAAUCAUGUACAAGUUCUUGUAGAAUUCACAAAAAAGCUACCAGGAUUUCAAACUUUGGACCAUGAAGACCAGAUUGCUUUGCUGAAAGGGUCUGCGGUUGAAGCUAUGUUCCUUCGUUCAGCUGAGAUUUUCAAUAAGAAACUUCCGUCUGGUCAUUCUGACUUAUUGGAAGAAAGAAUUCGAAAUAGUGGUAUCUCUGAUGAAUAUAUAACACCUAUGUUUAGUUUUUAUAAAAGUAUUGGGGAACUGAAAAUGACUCAAGAGGAGUAUGCUCUGCUUACAGCAAUUGUUAUCCUCUCUCCAGAUAGACAAUACAUAAAGGAUAGAGAGGCAGUAGAGAAGCUUCAGGAGCCACUUCUUGAUGUGCUACAAAAGUUGUGUAAGAUUCACCAACCUGAAAACCCUCAACACUUUGCCUGUCUCCUGGGUCGCCUGACUGAAUUGCGGACAUUCAAUCAUCACCAUGCUGAGAUGCUGAUGUCAUGGAGAGUAAACGAUCACAAGUUUACCCCUCUUCUCUGUGAAAUCUGGGACGUGCAGUGAUGGGGAUCACAGGGGAGGGGUCUAGCUCCUUUUUCUCUCUUAUGAUAUUAAUCUGAAGUAUAACUUUCCUUUAUUUCACUUGUACCCAGUUUCACUCAAGAAAUCUUGAUAUUUAUGUUGUAAUUACAUGUAUAACUUCCACAACUGUAAAUACUGGGCUAGAUAGAACGACUACAUUGUGUUUUAAAAGGCUCCAGGGAAUCCUGCAUUCGAUUUGGCAAGCCCUGUUUGCCCAAUCAAAUUGAUGGUUACUUCAAUUCUAUCUGUUGAACUAGGGAAAAUCUCAUUUUGCUCUUCAUCUUACCAUAUUGCUUAUAUUUUAUUAAAGAGUUGUAUUCAAUUUUGGCAAUAAAGCAAACAUAAUGGCAACAGG